AUGGAGAAACUGAAGAUAAAGAUCUAUGAAGGCAAUACUGACCCCCGACACUUUUUGACAUCAUUCGGCAUCUGCAUGAAUCGAUACCAGUUCAAAUCCGCCGAGGAGAGAGAUGCAGUUCAGUGCCAACUAUUUGUGGAAAGUCUGGGAGGAGUAGCUCUCGACUGGUUCUCGCGACACGAGGCCAACUCAAUCGAUAACUAUAAGGAGUUGACAACGGUCUUCGUUAAACACUUCUCCAUGUUCAUCGGGCAGAACACCAAGAACUCCGAGCUCUGGCAAAUAGCCCAAGGAGCAAGCGAGAGCCUUCGCGAUUUCAUCCAGCGCUUUAAGACGAUUGUCGCUAAAUGUACGAUCAGCGAUGAAGCCGCCCUCUUAUACCUUCAGAAAGGAGGUUGGAUAAAGACUAGCUUCCAAAGCGCUAUCACGCAUAACCCUCCACAGACAUUAGAAGACGCACUACACCGAGCUAAUACUUACAUCGCCGAAGAAGAAGAAGAAACCGCUUAUGAGCAAAGAUACGGCAGAGGGUACGAGAAUCGUAAGAAGUUCUACGCUAAUGCAAUCCAACAACCAACCAAACAAUGGAACAAUAAGUGGGUCCGUGGUGAAGAAGAUCAGGACGAGUCCUUAUUCUGCGAAUUCCACAACCGUAGAGGACAUAGCACCAAAGAAUGCAGACACCUGCGUGAAUAUCUACUCGGCCAAUACCGAAAGGGGCCAAUCUCGGUUGACGAUCUCCGUCGCUCAAUUACGCCUAGGAACAGUGGGCAAAUCUCGAUUGACGAUCUCCGUCGUUCAAACAUGCCUCGACCAAAUAACGCACAGCUCGAGAACGCCAUCGCAAAGGAUCCACCAACUCCACCGGCUUUACCGACGUUACCAGCUUUGCCGGCGCUACCACCACUGCCACCGAAUCCGCAUGCGUUGCCCGAACAACAGAAACGCAAUCGUGACGACCGAGCACCAGAAAACCAUGCUCCCAAAGCAAGGAAACGCGUCAACAUGAUAAUGGGGGCCAUCGAAGCUUGCAGCUAUUCGGUUCGAGCUAUCAAAGAAUACAGUAGACAGGCCGCCAGCGCGCCCUAA